UGCAGGAAUAGCAUUUUCCUCUCGAUGAUCUCAACAGAAGUUUUCACAGCCAUACGACAAGGGCAGAGGAAAAGUCUACGAUAAUGAUCAAAUUAUUGAUUUUGUCGCUAAGAUUUGCUCAAGACUGCAACAGAAUCACAGAGGAGAGCUAAACCCCAGUGAAUCACGACAAUGCGACUCAAAAACAAAGAAGUCUGCGUUUUCUGAGCCGCUCUUGCUUGUCUGGGCUGGAUCCCGUUAUAGCGGCGAGUCUGCAGCUUGGCAAGAUGUCCACGGACGAUCACGAAUAUCCCGAAGCGGAGCUGGUGAGUGAGGCCGGGCCGCAGUGGCUUCGCGCCGAGGUUGAGCGUCUUUCCCGGGAGCUUCGCGAAACCACCCACGAGAAGAUUCAGGCUGCGGAGUACGGUCUGGCGGUGCUGGAGGAGAAACAACUGCUCCAGCAACGAUAUGAGGAGCUGGAGGCAGAGUUCGAGUCUGUCCGACAGGAACUAGACCAGCUCAAGGAGGCCUUUGGACAAGCUCACUCGACUCACAGGAAGGUGGCUGCAGAUGGGGAGAGCCGUGAGGAGUCUCUGAUCCUGGAAUCGGCCAGUAAAGAAGCUCUGUACCAGCAGAAGGUCCUGGAGUUGCAGAAUGACCUGCGGCAGACUAAAGCCUCACUCACCAACGCCCUGGCAGAAAAUGACCGCCUCUCAUCGAUUGCCCUGGAAAUGAGAGAGAAUUCAGAGCUUGCAGACCUGCAGCGUACUCAAAUGCGUGAUGAUAUUAGAGAGUAUAAAGUGCGAGAAGCUCGACUGCUACAAGACUACAGCGAGUUGGAGGAUGAGAACAUUUCUCUUCAGAAGCAAGUGUCUGUCCUGAAACAAAACCAGGUCGAGUUUGAGGGCCUUAAACAUGAGAUCCGUCGCUUGGAGGAGGACUCCCAGUGUCAGCACAGUCAAACUGAGGAGGCCAUUCGUCUGAGAGAGAUCGCUGAGCGACAGCUGGCCGAAGCCUUAGAAACAAUAAAGACUGAACGUGAGCAGAAGGCCAGUCUUCGAAAAGAGCUCUCCCACUACAUGACCAUAGGGGGGUCAGUCUACAACAGCUCAUUUAAUAUAUCCAUAGACAACCUGAAGCUUCAUGAUGACCCCUCAGCCACAGAGCCCGACAACGAUGACCUUAUCCGUGGUUUUGAAAAUGGAUUAGUCAAAACUGGUGAAGGGGAUGAUGACAACAAAAGAGAUGGCUUUAAACCUGCACCCAGCUUAGUUGACGACUUACUAAGCGAACUCAACAUAUCAGAGAUUCAGAAGCUCAAACAGCAGCUUGUACAGGUGGAGAGAGAGAAGGUUGCCCUGAUCAAUUCUCUUCAGGAGAGUCAGAAGCAGCUGGAGCAGGCCUAUGGCACUGUGUCUGAGCAAAAGGAGACAGUCAACAGGCUGACUGAGAACCUGAGCGCCAUGAGGAAACUCCAGGCCAGUAAAGAGCGUCACUCUGCUCUGGACUCUGAAAAAGACCGGGACAGUCACGACGAUGGAGAGUACUACGAGCUGGACAUUAACGGGCCUGAGAUACUCAAGUGCAAAUACACAGUGGCCAUGUCUGAAGCAGGGGAGCUGAGACAGGAACUGAAGAGCAUAAAGGCAGAAUAUGAGCAGUGUCGAAACCAGUACGAGGUGGAGCGUGCACGACUGGAGGGAACAGUCCAAGAGCUGAGGGCCAGUCUGGCCUCUCUGGAGAAGAUCAGCCAGGCAGAUAAAGCCCUGGUUACCCGCCUGGAGAAGGAGCUGCGUGUGGCCACUGAGGCUGCAGGGGAGUCUCUGGGAAGCCUCAACAUUGCCCAGGAUGAGCUCAUAGCAUUCAGUGAAGAGCUUGCAAACCUUUACAACCACGUCUGCAUGUGCAAUAACGAAACCCCCAAUCGGGUCAUGCUUGACUAUUAUAAAGAGGGCAAAGCGUUGGUGCGAAGAGGUCAAGAAGGAAAAGAACUCACUAACGGUCUGAUUGAGUCUGCUGCAGACCAGCGGCCAGAGCCCAUGAACAUCUAUAACCUCGUAGCGAUCAUCCGGGAUCAGAUCCGCCACCUUCAACAGGCUGUAGAUCGCACCACAGAGCUGUCUCGCCAGAGACUGGCCAAUCUGGAGCUGAGCUCAGUAGCAGACAAAGACAAAGAAGCUUGCAUGGAAGAAAUCCUUAAACUCAAGUCUCUGUUGAGCACCAAACGAGAACAGAUUGCAACUCUUAGAGCAGUCCUAAAGGCUAACAAACAGACAGCAGAGGUUGCUCUGGCAAACCUAAAGAGUAAGUACGACAGUGAAAAGGCGAUGGUGACUGAGACCAUGAUGAAGCUUCGCAAUGAACUGAAGGCUCUUAAAGAAGAUGCUGCCACAUUCUCCUCCCUGCGAGCCAUGUUUGCCACAAGGUGUGAUGAGUAUGUUACUCAGCUGGAUGAUAUGCAGAGACAACUUGCUGCAGCUGAAGAUGAGAAGAAGACCCUGAAUUCACUUUUGCGAAUGGCCAUUCAACAGAAAUUGGCCUUAACACAGCGACUCGAAGAUUUAGAGUUUGAUCACGAACAGGCACGUCGCAACAGUGCCACAGUAGCAGCAGCCAAGGGCAAAAAGGGAAAAGGACCCAGCCACAAGUAAAUAUGUCUUCUCAAGAUCAGAGGCCAAUUUCCCGUGCACCUGGUCCUUUUGUUUUCUUACAGUAUUCGUUAAGUCACUUUCUCAAGUGCCAAAGUGGUUUGCCUUCCAGCUCUCAGUCCUUCCACAUUUGACAGAGAUAGAGUGAAUGAGUGAAUUUCUUAUUGCCUAAACUCAGCACUUUUCUUUUUAACUUUUCUUUUGAACUAAUAAUGCCACUUUUGAGUAUUACAUCGUUUUGACUUUUUAUGCCAUAUAUAUCAUGACAUUCUUGAGAAUAUAACAUAUAUUUAUUUUAUUUUGUUAACUAAUCAGGUUAUUCUGUGGAAUACCUUUAAGACCUGACUUUUCAGAUGAUUCUGAAACACAAAAUGACUACAAGCUUAACUGCCUUGACUGUUUUCCUUAAAAGGUGACUUGUGACAGGUUUCCUUAUCACUGCCUGAAAAAAAAGAUUUUAUGAAGCAAUUGUGAUAAAUCUCUAAAAAAAUAUCUAUUUAUAGCCUUUAAUUAAGAAAUGUUCACAUUUGUUUUGUAUAAAUUGUUUUAAUGUUACAGAUGGCAGAGUUGUUACAUAUCAACUUGCAAUAGUUAAGGAAAACAUUAUUUAAAGAUGUUUAUGUUACAAGUGUAAAACAGUAUUUCUAAUUGUCCAUGAAGGAGAGAUGUUAUAGAUGUUUUACUUUUUAUAAUUUUCUAACAUUUUGCCAAUACUCUUGCAAUGCCCAGUUUGUUGAAAAUGCACAAUGACACAUAAUAAUAAUAAUAAUUAUUAUUAUUAUGCUAUGUUAUAAUUGAUACACUAGUUUUAAAUGUCCCCCAACAUUUGUGUACUUUACAUUUGUAUGUUUUACUACAACUGCAGCUGUAUUUAUUUCAGUGCCCCUUUUUCACAAGGUUUGAGCUGAGUGACCUUAUAGUAAACCACUUGAAAGAUUCAUGUCUGUAUGUGGCACCUGUGGUUAAUAUUCAUAUAUGUCAUAUGAAAUAAAUCAUUUUUUUUCAUUA